CAUUUACGCCGACGAAGUUAGAUAUAAUAACAUCUAUUGAUGGAAGAAGCUGUUCUUGACUUUGUAAUUUUUCUUUUCAAGAUUAUUUGAUGAAGAAGGGAUGGUGGUGAGAUGGGAAGGAGUGAUGUCACGAGGAUCAGGAGAUGAAGGAGAGGCAACGUUGGAGUGGUGAAGAAGAUGCAUUACUACGCGCCUACGUGAGACAGUUCGGUCCUAGAGAAUGGCAUCUCGUCUCUGAGCGUAUGAACAAACCUCUAAACCGUGACGCCAAGUCCUGUCUCGAACGAUGGAAGAACUAUCUUAAGCCAGGGAUCAAGAAAGGGUCUUUAACAGAGGAAGAACAGAGGCUUGUGAUCCGUUUACAGGAGAAACACGGCAACAAGUGGAAGAAGAUAGCCGCGGAGGUUCCAGGGAGGACGGCGAAACGGUUAGGGAAGUGGUGGGAAGUGUUUAAGGAGAAGCAGCAGAGAGAAGAGAAAGAGAGUCACAAGAGAGUUGAGCCUAUAGACGAGAGUAAGUACGAUAGGAUUCUCGAGAGUUUCGCUGAGAAGCUUGUGAAAGAGAGGUCUAACAACGUUGGCUCUGUUUCCGUCUCUGUUCCUGCGGUUAUGGCUAGUUCAAACGGAGGGUUUCAACAAUCUCCUCCUCCUUCUAAUAAUCAUGUCAUCCCGCCUUGGUUAGCUACUUCUAACAAUGGGAGCAAUGUUGUUGUAAGACCUCCCUCGGUGACUCUUUCUCUAUCGCCUUCUGUGGCUGCAACACCGCCUCAACCGCCUAUCCCGUGGCUGCAGCCUGAGAGAGGAGGAGAGACCAGCCCGGGAGGUCUUGUGUUAGGGAGUAUGAUACCUUCUUGUAGCGGUAGUAAUGAGAGUGUGUUUAUGUCAGAGCUUGUGGAGUGUUGUAGAGAGUUGGAGGAAGGGCAUAGAGUUUGGACAGAGCAUAAGAAAGAAGCGGCUUGGAGGCUUAGGAGACUGGAGCUGCAGCUAGAGUCAGAGAAGACGAGUAGACAAAGGGAGAAGACAGAAGAGAUUGAGGCAAAGAUGAAUGCUCUGAGGGAAGAGCAGAAGAUAGCAAUGGAGAAGAUUGAGGGAGAGUAUAGAGAACAGCUUGUGGGUUUGAGGAGAGAAGCUGAGGCCAAGGACCAGAAACUAGCUGAUCAAUGGACAUCUAAGCAUAUUAGACUCACUAAGUUUGUUGAACAACACAUGAGUUGCAGGCAGAGACUAUUAGACCGGCCAUGAAUCCUAAACCAAACCCAUCAAAUAUCUUUUAUGAUCUCUUCUCCUUUAUGUUUUGUAAUGUAAUAUAAGUUUUUUUUGUUUUUGUUUUCUUUUUUCAUUAUUUGGUGUCUCUAAUCAGACUUUUGUGUUCCUUAACUCAGUUUUUAUUGUAUGUGUUGGUUUCUCUUCUUUAAUCAUUUGGUAUCUCCAAU